AUGUGGCCUGUGCUUUGGACCGUGGUGCGUACCUAUGCUCCUUAUGUCACGUUUCCGGUGGCCUUUGUGGUCGGUGCUGUGGGCUACCACCUGGAAUGGUUUAUCCGCGGGAAGGCUCCCCAGCCUGUGGAGGAGGAGAAGAGCAUCUCAGAGCGCCGAGAAGACCGGAAACUGGAUGAGCUGUUAGGCAAGGACCAUACCCAGGUGGUGAGCCUUAAGGACAAGCUGGAAUUUGCGCCGAAAGCUGUCUUGAACAGAAACCGCCCAGAGAAGAAUUAA